GCGUCAGCAGGGGUGUCCUUCACCACGGAUCUGUCAAACAUUGGCAGUGGCCGGCAAACCCAGAUCUUCAACGCCACGCAGGGUGGUGUCCUGGCGGAGGAGCGACGAUUGAUCGACAAGGUCUUCAGCAUCGUCGACAAGGACAACUCGGGCCAGGUCGACAUCGAGGAGCUCAAGGGCAUGUUCAAACUCUUCAACGUAGAGGCCAGCUUCCUCGACAGUGCCAUCUCCAGAAUCAUGUCCAACGUCGACAAGGACCUGGACUACAUGAUCUCUCCGCAGGAGUUCUACCAGCUCCUGUCCCAGAAGUUCGAGAAGGAGGACUCAGAGGAGGAGAUGAAGACGGUCUUCCGUCGCAUGGACAAGAACGGCGACGGUCACUUGGACUUCGACGAGCUACACGAGGUGGCCACCAUGCUGGGCGAAAGCAUCCCGAAGUCGGAGAUCAAGGACAUGGUGAAGAUGUUCAACAAGAAGUACCAGGCGGAUAUGGCCGAGUACACAAAGGCGAAGCGGCGAGGUGACAAGCCUAAGGAGCCAAAUGCGCCCGCCAGCAUCACAGAGGCAGACUUCUUGGCA